CAGGGAUUCUGAAGCUAAGGAAUGGGGAUAAUUGAUGUCUGUCCUAUGGACAGGGUACACCACUGGGCCUGGGCCUGACUUGAGAUGGGAGAAUGUUAUAGCAGGAAAUCCGUGGCCCCAGGGUCAGAAACCCCGGAAAGAAGCAGCAUCACGUCUGCAAGUUCAGAGUCAAAUACACAACAAAGAAACAAAAUACCGAUUCAGCUGUUCUGCUCUACCACUCCUAACCCAUCUCAGCAUCACCAGAAAGAGUCCCUGGAAACCAGACAGAUGGCAUUUACUUUGGCACAAUUUGAGGCCUUGGAGAUUUGCCUGAAGGAAGCAGAAGAAAAGGCUAAGUCCUUAUCUGAACAGCUUGCAGCCUCUGAAGGAACAAAAUCAAAACUGCUUGAGCAAGUUUCCUGGCUGGAGGGAAAACUGCAGGCUCUGGACCAUAAGGAAGACAGUGGGGAAUCAUACCAAAAAAUAGUUCUUGCAAAAGACCAGCAUAUUGAGAAAUUACAAGCUGAAUUGAAAACUUCCCAGGAGCAACUUACAGCCCAUAAACUAAAGCACAAAAGGAAACUGAAAAAGCUGCAAACUGAUUUGGCAACAGCGAAGCAAGAGGCUGCCAUCACAGUUCUGGAACUCAAUGAGAAGAUAAGGACUCUAUGUGAAGGGAAGCCAGCCCCUAGAGCAAACCGUGAUCAAUAUUUCAAGAGUAUCUUUUAUCAUGAUGUCUCCUCCCCUCCCCUGAGGACUCAGCCCUCCUAUUUUCUCUCCUCCUGCAAACUGACUCAGGAUCAAAGCUCCUAUUGCAUGGACAAAGACCAAAAUGGAACAAGUGUAAGCAGAAAAGCAGCAAGAAGGCUGAGACACAGGACAUGGACUGCUCAUUUGGCUCCUCUUUGCUACUGGUCCUACUUGAGCUACUGCAUGCACAGACCAGAAAAGACACCCUGGCUGCCUCGGUCUAUAGUGGACAUCUGUUUCUGCCUGCUCAGAACCACUUCCCUCUUUCUUUUGGUGCAAGAAGCAUGAUUUUCUGUGGGGAAAGAGUUCCUCUCCCAUUUUCUGAAGUUCUAUGGGAUUGUUCACCACAAUGUCCCUUCCUCCUUGGCCCAGGGGAAACCUUGUGACUAGUUAUCUUACUCCCAUUCCAAGUCUUUUU